GGGAGCGCCGGAACGCGGGCCCCGGAGACGGUGGGAGGCGUCCGCGCGCCGAGGCUCCGGUGGGCCUCGUGGUGAGCUGGGGCCCAGUUCUCCCCGCGCGGAGAACGCGGGCCUCGGCCGGGUUCGGGGGCGGCCCGCGGAGCGCCUGGUCCAGUCAUGGCAGACUACUGGAAGUCACAACCAAAGAAAUUCUGUGAUUACUGCAAGUGUUGGAUCGCAGACAAUAGGCCUGUAUGAUGAUUCCUCUAUUAGAGAGUCUCCUAAUACUGUAUUCAUGCGAGAUGUUCCUUUUUUAUCUCAACUGAGAGCUUACAAAGUACUUUCAUAUGCGUUGCUGUUGAUUUUUCACAACAUCGAACAAUUUCUGUUGUGUUUUUUAUUCCUUGUAGGAAAGCUACAGCCUUCUUCUUUAUCAUCAGCCCAAAUUUGAUUAUGUACUAAGCCAAACUAUUUCUCUCUGGCCCUUCAGUCACAUUCAGGAAAUGGACAUUGAGUGGGUAAUCACAUUCAUGUUUAUGAAACACCUAGGUUAUGAAGGUGCUGUUUGUAAUAUUGUUGUAUACAAAGAAAAGUAAAAGCAGAAAGUCCUUAACGUGUGAAAAGAAACAACAUUAUUGUAGUUUUCCUUGUAUAUUUCUGUUCUAAAUGUAGUUAAAUAUAUUUGAUGUAGAGCUUUAUAUUUCUAAAUGCUUAAAUUUGAAAGACAUCAUUAUCUUUGUCAUGGAAUAUGAAAAUAGCAAACUUUAAGCACAUUGUUAGUUGGUAUCUUUUAGUCCAUAUUCACCUCUUAAGACAUAAAACGAAAGACACCAUUGAUUUUUUUUCACCCCAUCUCAUGCAUGUCUUUGUACUGUGUACGUAGUAGAUAACUGAUAGGAUAUUUUUUAGAUGUAUAUUCGUAUCCUUAUUACUUGGUAGAGGUGGAUGGGUAAAAGAAUAGUAGCACCAUCUGUAACCAUGUUAUGUUUCUUUGGUAGACUUUUUUUUUUUUUUACAUUUAUUUAUUAUUAUCUGCAAAGGGUUUGAUGAUACUUUUCAGUUUUGUCUUUUUUUGUUUAUUUCUUUUUGAAUAGUUGCUAAAGUUCUUGACUUUUUGCUUGAUUUUGCCCAUCCUUACCAAAAAAAAAGUCACAAGUUUUAAAAGCUACACAAAUCACCGAUAGCCUCUCUUCCUUGGAAGUAUGCAAGCAAUUCAGUGAAGUUUUUGAGUUAUCUAGAGAAAAUAAUUCUUUCUAGGAUAGUCUUUCUUCAUUUCCUUGAAUGGCUAAUACACAUUGAUUUAACCUUUAACUAGAAACAAUUUAUUUUUGAUUGGGCCUUUAAUAUUCUCUGUAUAGUAAAACCAACUUUAGGAAACCAAGAUAUGAAAAAUAGAGGAUGAAUAUUUGCUUUACGAAGUCACACUUUAAAGAGGAAUUCACAGCAGUACUUUAGAGUAACUCAGCAAGUGCAUUAGGUAAGAAUUUAUUGACAGAACUUUGCAAACUUAACCAGAAAUUUCUUAUUUCAUACAACACAUUUGUAACUUAGGGAGCAUUCUGGCUUUUAAAUAGGUAAUAAUAUUCACUCACCAGCUCAGUCCCCAUCCAUCCAGUUAUCAUCAUUCCUCAUAGGUUACCCCUCUUUUCAUUUUCUUGUCUGUGCUUCCAUAUCUGUAUCUAAAUGUUUCUGUAGAUUCCAAUGUGCAUAGGAGGUAGCAUGCUGUUUAUACUGUCUUGCACCACAGUUUUAUUUUUUUUAAUUGGACAGCAUUUCCUGAUGCUCUUUUAUCAUCAGUGUAUAAGGAGUUCCUUUGUUCUCUAUUACAGCAGCCUAAUUUUAGAUUGCCCUGCAUAGGAGUUUUACAUUUUGUACCAUUAACACUUUGUAUAAUAGUAUUUGUUUACAAUUUAGAAGGCAUUUUUUAAUGCUUACUUUUCUCUCAAUUUGGAGAAGCUAAGAAUCACUGUUUAUUUUUUUUAAGCAUAAUGUGGCAAAUAGAGCAGUACAAAUUCUAGACUCAUUGGUUGUGACAUUUUAUGUUGACGGGUGUUUUUUUUAUUUGAUUUCUUUUUGGCUUUGCUGGGUCUUUGUUGCUGCACUCCGACUUUCUCCCUUUGCCAUGCGUGGACUCCUCAUUGUGGUGUCUUCUCUUGUUACAGAGCACAGGGUCAGUGGUUGUGGUGCGCUGACUUAGUUGCUCCUCAGUGUGUGGGAUCUUCCCAAACCCGCAUCUCCUGCAUUGGCAGGCAGACUUUUCACCACUGAGACACCAAGGAAGCCCCAGGAGGUGUUUCUUGAAGUGUGAGGUUUUUUUUUUCCCCCAACUCCUCUUUUGGCUUCAUGUCUUGCUUGAGUCCUUAUUACAGUCAUAUUCACUAGAUUAGUCAUCAAGGGUACCUUGUAUAUUUCUUUAUUAAUAUGGUCAUCAUAGUUUAUUUUAAGCACCAAAGGACAGCUUGUCAGAGGGCGUAAUAAUAAAUAAUGUGGUUUGGUUCCUUAGCAUCAUUUGAUUAAAAGGGCCAGUUUGCAUGAACAUUAAUUUUAUCUUUUCUGCCAAUUGUACUUCAAUUUUGUUAUGUUCCAUUUCCCUAUUUACUGUUACUUUGCUGUGAACAUUAUGAUGUGUAGUUUUCCUUUGUCUUUUGUCUUUUUCUUAACCUUCAAGAGCAUUGAAUUUCAUGAAAGAGGAAAGAAUCAUAAAGAAAAUGUGGCGAAGAGGAUCAGUGAGAUUAAACAGAAAAGCCUGGAUAAGGCGAAGGAGGAAGAAAGGGCAUCAAAGGAGUUUGCAGCAAUGGAGGCAGCUGCCCUGAAAGCAUACCAGGAGGAUUUGAAGAGGCUCGGCCUAGAGUCAGAGAUCUCCGAGCCAAGUGUGUCACCAGUAACCAGCACUGUCCCACCCGCCUCUGCAUCAAAUCAGCAGAAAGAAAAGAAGAAAAAGAAAAAAGACCCUUCAAAGGGCAGAUGGGUAGAAGGCAUAACCUCUGAGGGUCACCAUUACUAUUAUGAUCUUAUCACAGGAGCAUCUCAGUGGGAGAAACCUGAAGGAUUUCAAGGGAACUUAAAAAAGGCAACAGGGAAGACUGUGUGGAUAGAAGGGUUAAGUGAAGAUGGCUAUACCUAUUAUUAUAAUACUGAAACAGGGGAAUCCAGAUGGGAAAAACCUGAUGAUUUCAUUCCACACUCCGGUGAUCUGCCUUCUAGUAAAGUCAAUGAAAAGUCACUGGGCACCCUAGAAGAGUCCAAAUCAUCAGAUUCACAUAGUGAGUCUGAUGGCGAACAGGAAGCAGGAAAGGAGAAAAAAAAAGAAGAGAUCCCAACAGAAACACAAAAGCUAAUAAUAAAGUUUAAGGAAAAAAAUAAAAAUACUAAUAAAAGAACUGAACCAGAAACACAGAAAGAAAAAAAUACCCAAGGGAAGAAUUCAUCAGGUCCAAGUGAAGAAAAACCCAAAGAAAAAAAUACCCAAGGGAAGAAUUCAUCAGGUCCAAAUGAAGAAAAACCCAAAGCUCAUAAAAAACCAAACCCAUAUGGAGAAUGGCAGGAAAUUAAACCAGAAGUUGAGUCCCAUGAGGAGGUAGAUUUGGAACUUCCAAACACUGAAAAUGAAUAUGUAUCAACUUCAGAGGCUGAUGCUGCUGGGGAACCUCAACUGGUUUUUAAAGAAAAAACAGUCACUUCUCUUGGAGUCGUGGCAGACGGAGUGGCCCCAGUCUUCAAAAAGAGAAGAAUUGAAAAUGGAAAGUCUAGAAAUUUAAGGCAACGAGGUGAUGAUCAGUAAUUAUAAGAAAGCUUUUAAUGUGUGCUUUUUGGACAUAAUGGAGACUGUACAUCUUUAAAAGCUCCUCUGUGUUUGUUUUACAUUAUUUAAGUGAUAAAAAUUUAGACUUACUCUGAAUGUAUUUUAUGUGAAUUUAAAAUAAAUCUUUUUUCAUGUGAAAUUGAUUUUUGUUCCUAAAAUGGAAGCCAACCACAUUGCAUUGUAAUACAGUGUAUUAUCUUCAGUGUCUAAAAACUGGUAACUAUGUCAUAAUAUAAGAUGCUAUGUAUCUGUUAUUUAAAACGUUUGUCCCAUUCUUCCUCUUAUGAACAUAUUUGUACUGCACUGAAAAUGAAUUACCUUUGCACACCGAUAUUAUCCAAAAAAUAAGAGUUAUACCACAUAAGAGAAGAUUCAUAGCCCAUGAUGAUUCAAUUCUGAGGAUCCUGUCAGAAAGGCUGAUGUAGAAAGUAUAUGCAUAUCUUCCUUAUGUUUUCAACUUAAGGUCAAGGACCAAGAACCAGGACUGUAGCUCAGGUAGUGGUUAAUAGGGAAUGAAAAUCGGACCAAAGGAAGAUAGGUGUAUCUGCCUGGUUCAGCGCAAAGUGACAACCUUUGCUCGGCAUUUUCACCUUGAGCCAGGCACUGUGCUAGGAACUGGGGGUGUAAUGGUAAACAAGAUACGUCUCUGUUCUUCACAACUUCUCACUCAAACGGAAUCGUUUUCCCUAGUCAUGCAUUCUCUGCACCAGCCUUAUAUGUCCUGGAAAAUAUUUUUUAGGGUUUAUUUAAAACUCUGUAGAUGAAGUCUUGAACAAAAACAGUAAGGUCUCUGACUUCAGUGAAAAGUUUUGGUGUUUCUUUAGGCAGAUUGGAAAUUUCCCAUUUCCUGGUUAAAUUUCUUAAAAAGUGGAACUUUCUUAUUUAAUCCAUUUGAAGUAGGUACCUUCCCUUUAUUAUUCCAAAUUCUUAAGAUUAUAUUUUUUUAUAAGUUGUACAGUAGUUAACAUUUGGCAGUAAAUAUUUGUCUUUUUAAGGUUACUAGUGUACAUGUAAGAAAAUUAUAGCUUAUUAAAAACUUAUGAAAGUCAAAUAGUUUUUAUUUUUUCUUCUAAUACUGAUCAGUGUCAACUUAGUGUUGCUGAGAGAGUAUUUGGAGACUUGUAUUUGUUUAGUGUACUUAUUUGAGUAUUUCACGAAUGUAUUGCAUUAUGGAGAAGUACAUUCUGGAAGCCCAUUUGUCAUCUAGCUAAUAAGCAGUGUGUUUUGGUGCUAGGCUUUCCUCAAUUGGAAAAGAUAAUAAGACCAUAAAUGGAAUACUGCUAUGUUUUACCCAUAUAUUUAGCUUAUAUAAGAUAUGCAAAUUUAAAGACAUUUUCACAACC